AUGCCAAAGAACCAAACAAAAUUUAACAUAAAUUGGCUUUCUCGGUUUGAUGAUAGUAAAAUUCCUGUAAAAAUAUGGUUGAAAGCUGGUCCAUCAUCAUCAACAUUUAAAUGUACAUUAUGUCAAACAAACGAACUCGAUUGUGGAAAUCAAGGAUGGAAGGCCGUUGAGCAACACAUGAAGAACGUUAAACAUAAACAGAUUUUGCAGCAAUGGAAAGAAAAUGUUAAAUUUGUUGUUUCAUCUCCAUCAUCUAAUUCAUCAUCAUCUGCUUCUUCUUUUUCUUCAUCGUGUAUUCCAUCUUCAUCUUCUUCUUUAUCAUCUACUUCUUCGAUUAUAACAUUAGAAAUGAACAAUAACAAACACAAAGCUUUAAAUUUCGAGGACCAAGUUAUCAAAGCCGAAACUCUUUGGGCACUAAAUAUUGCUCAACGAGGAUUUAGUUACAACUCAUGCAACGAAUUAAACGAAUUGUUCCCAUUGAUGUUUCCUGAUUCGAACAUCGCUACAAAAUUUUCUAUCCAAUCAAAUAAAAUGUCUUAUGUGAUAUCUCAUGGUUUAGGUUCAUAUUUCAAGAAGAAAUUAAUUGAUGAUAUAAAGAAAACAGAUAAAUUCGUUCUUAUAUUUGAUGAACAAACCAAUAAUCAAAAUAAAAAACAACUUGAUAUGUGGUUUAGAUAUUGGUGCAAUGAAAAACAAUUAGUUGUUAAUCGAUUUUACAAAACAAUUACAUUAGGACAUGCAUAUGCAAAAACAAUUCGUGAUGUUAUUAUUGAAUCUUUUGCUACUGAUGGAUUGGAUUUGAAAAAACUACUUAUGUUAUCAAGAGACAAUCCAAAUGUUAAUAUUGCUAUUGAAAAAAUGAUUGAUUCAGAAAUGCAAAAACACGGUAGUUCUUUGCUAAAGCUUGGUAGCUGUAGCAUUCAUAUCGUUCAUAAUGCAUUCAAAAGUGGUUUGUUAGUUUCAAAAUGGCAUGUCGAAAAUUUUUGUCUUGAUCUUUAUUCAUGGUUUAAAUGUUCACCUGCACGACAAGAAGACUUUAAAAAUGUUUUAGAAGAAAUUGAUUAUCUAUUAGAAAAAACAAUUUUAUAUUUUUCUAUUACUAGAUGGGUUUUGAUGGGAAAAGUUGUGAAACGAAUUCUAAAUCAAUGGGAUGUACUGUGUGAGUACUUUCUUUGUUUUCUACCACAAAAACAACCUUCUCAAAUUAAAGAGAAUAAACGGUAUGAAAAAGAACCAUUAAUUCAUGUGUUGUAUCAUGAAAUGACUGAAUUAUUUCGUGAUGUUCUUUCAUCAUUUAUUAAAACAGAUGUUGUUCAACAUAAAUCUGGUCAAGAAUUAUUAAUUAUUACUUUGGAUCAAGUUAAUCUAUGGCGUUCUGAAAAAGAAUUAAGAAUAGGUGAACAAACAACUAAAUUAAUAUCAUCAUUGAAUUUUGACGAGAAAAAGUCUUUUUAUCAGGAUGUUAGAAAGAUUUAUGAAGCAAUUGGAAAUUAUCUUAAAAAAAAUCUUCCUUUAGAUAAUAUUCUUUUACGGGACUUACAAGUUUUAAAUUAUUCAUCAAAAUCUGAUCCAACAAGUAAUGAUCAAAUUCUUCGAGUAGCUCGAGCUAUUCCAAAUUUAUUCAAUGAUAGAGAAAUCGAUAGUUUAACGAACGAAUGGAUUUUAUAUUGUUUUGAAUUAAUUGAUGAGUCAUGGAUUAUCAAAGAUAAGUAUAUUGAUGCUAAUGGACUUGAUCAUAUUAAAUAUCAUUCUAUUGAUUAUUACUGGAGCAAAGUUUUUUCAAUAUUAACAAAUAAUGGUACACCAAAAUAUCAAACAUUAGCUAAACUUAUACGAAAUGUCUUAAUUAUUGCUCAUGGCAAUGCUGAUGUAGAAAGAGGAUUCAGUAUAAACUCAAAUAUUAUUACAGAUAAUCGAACAUUAUUAUCAGAAACAUCAAUUAAUGGUUUGAGAUUGGUUUACGAUGGAGUGAAAUAUUUUGGAUGUGGUUCAGCACAUAAAGUAGUUAUUACAUCAGAUAUGAUCGAUGCAGUUAAAAAGUCAUCUAGUAGUUAUCGAGAAGAAUUAUUAGCUAAAACAGCAAAUAAUGUUCGUAAUACAGCGAACAAUAACGAUAAACAAUUAAUUUCAAUUGAACGCCAACAUCAAAUUGAAGAAGAAAAGAAGUUGUUAGAAAAACAGAAAGGUCUUGAUAAAGAAAUGAAAGAAGCUGAACUAUUAAUUAAAGAAGGAACUAAUCGACUGGAAGAUGGUUUAAAAAAUGGUUCAAUGUCAGAAAUAUAUGCUGCUAAACUUUUAGUUUCUGGUGGUCACGAGAAACUAACGACUAUUAAUGAAAAACAACGACAAGUAACAAAUGAACUUGACAAACUUCGACUAAAAAGAAAAGAUAGUUUAACUCAUGAACAAUCAAUGAAUAAAAAGUUGAAGAAAAUCUAG